AGAUCGUGCCUUUGCAGAGCCCCUUUACCAUGUGGCGCAUUACUAUAGGUGUUAGUAGGUCUGUUUCCAGCUUUAAACAGGCAUUGUAUUUGAGCAGAAUGGCUAGUAGUGGUACGAGUUAUUUAAUUGAAGAUAAAAAGUAUGCGUGGUUGAAAGAUCUGGGCUUAAAGAAGGAAAACGAUGGUGUUUUUCACGGGGAAUGGACAGCCAACGGACCGUAUGUAGAUACAUUCUGUCCUACCAGCGGUUUGCCGAUAGCUAGAGUGCGAGAGGGAACGGUGGCUGAUUACAAUACUGCAGUUGACAAAUGUAAAGAAGCAUGGAACGUGUGGACAGAGGUUACUGGUCCCCAUCGAGGUGAAAUUGUACGACAGAUUGGACAUGCACUCAGAGAAAAGAAACACCUCCUGGGAAAACUGGUAAGGAAAUUAUUCAUUAUUAUUCUUGAGAUUUACAGACCCGGUCAUGCUUUGAUAGAGCAGUGGAACCCACUUGGUGUUGUUGGUAUAAUCACAGCAUUCAAUUUUCCUGUAGCUGUAUACGGUUGGAAUGCUGCCAUUGCUCUGGUCUGUGGUAAUACUUGUCUCUGGAAAGGAGCUCCAUCUACACCUUUGUGUUCCAUUGCUAUAACAAGAGUAAUGGAAUCAGUUCUGGCAGCUAAUGGAUUACCAACUGCUGUGUGUUCUAUGAUCUGUGGUGGUGCUGAGAUUGGUUCUGCUAUGGCCAAGGAUGAAAGAAUUCCAUUGCUGUCUUUCACUGGUAGUACAGCGGUGGGACAAAAAGUAGGAGUUGCAGUUCAAGAAAGGUUUGGUAAAUUCAUUCUUGAAUUAGGUGGAAAUAAUGCAAUUGUAGUGUAUGAUGAAGUAUUAAAGAGGCUGAAGAAAGCAUAUGCACAGGUUAAAAUUGGAGACCCUUCAGAAGCUGGUACUCUGUAUGGUCCCAUGCAUAGUCAGCAGGGAGUGGAUUUGUACACGACAAUAGAUGAAAUCAAGAAAGCUGGUGGAUGUGUAGAAUAUGGUGGAAAUGUUAUACAAAGACCAGGAUUCUUUGUUGAACCUACAAUUGUCACUGGACUUCCACACGACUCUGAUAUUGUGAAAAGAGAGACAUUUGCUCCAAUUGUCUAUUUAGUCAAAAUAAAGAAUAUAGAAGAAGCCAUUGCAAUAAAUAAUGAAGUCAAACAAGGCUUGUCCAGCAGUUUAUUCACCAAAGAUGUAUCAAAGCUUUUUCAGUGGUUGGGACCUAAAGGUUCUGACUGUGGUCUUGUGAAUGUCAAUAUCCCAACUAGUGGAGCCGAAAUUGGUGGUGCAUUUGGUGGGGAGAAACAUACUGGUGGUGGCAGAGAAUCUGGCAGUGAUUCAUGGAAGCAAUAUAUGCGAAGAUCCACUUGCACUAUCAACUACAGUAAGGAUCUGCCACUUGCACAGGGCAUCAAGUUUGAAUGAUAACUUUAAAAUAUACUUUUUCACAUAUAGUUUCUCAAGUGCACUGUUUACAUGUGUGCACGCAAUGGUGUGAAUGAACUUUAACCUGUGUUUCAAACAAAAUGCAUUUUUCAUCUUCAUCUCAGAAAUUAAAAUUCACAAAACCUGAUAAUAAUUUGUGAUUAUUACAAUAUUGUGUUUCGAACAAACUGCUGAAUAAAUAUAUAUAUAUAUAAAUGAUA